CUAUGAACUUGAUAUCAUGUUUUAUUUUCCUUAUAUUUGAACUUUAUAAUCGUGGUCAAGAUACGACGAGCUGUGUGUAGCAGCGUUAAAAUAAACACGAGCAGAAAAACCAAAAUGAGGUACUUUCCUGCUGGUUUGUUCAUGUUGAUCGUUCUGGCGGGAAACGGUUAUGUUUUGACGCAAACCGUCAUUGAUGGUUCAGGUCCUGAUGUUAAUACUCUAGGUCCUACAUGUUUAACGUCGGACGGCAAGGUCGGGGUAUGUGUGCCAAAUUUUCAGUGUAACUUCGAGACCAAUGUUGUUGACCCCGGAGCGACCAUAGAUCUCAGGACGCAGUCCUGUCCUAACAUUCUCGACAUCUGCUGCUUACGGGAAGAGAUUGCAGGAAGUAAAACUGUAAAGAAAAUGCCGCAGUGUGGGUUCAGCAAUCCAGGUGCAGUGGAAUUGAAGACAAAGCCUACAUUAGUAGGGGAAGCUGAAUAUGGAGAAUUCCCGUGGAUGGUGGCUCUGCUAAGAUCCACAGCACCGGAUCAGGCGUGGUCACAGGAUGAUUAUAUUGGAGGUGGAUCUAUUAUACAUCCCAAAGUUGUGCUUACCGCGGCACAUAAAGUGGCACGUUACAUCGAGAGUGAAGUUAAAUGUCGAGCUGGCGAAUGGGACACAUCUAACACGGACGAGAAUUACUUGACACAAGAACGACAGGUUGAAAAGAUUAUACAACACGAAGAUUUCUUCGAUCUACAAGCGUACAACAAUAUCGCAUUGCUGGUUUUGAAGGAAUCUUUCAACUUCAACGAUGCCCCACACAUGGGCAUAGCCUGCGUGGGCAAGGUGCUGCCCCCACUGGGCACGCAAUGUUACACCAUGGGCUGGGGUAAAGCGGCAACUGGGAAAUAUGCCACUAUCUUAAAAAAGAUUCAACUACCAUUGCUCGAUUCCGACCAAUGCCAGCACACGCUGCGCAACACAAGGCUCGGCUCCCGGUUCCUGCUGCACCCGAGCCACAUCUGCGCCGGUGGGAUAGCGGGGGUUGAUACCUGCAAGGGGGAUGGUGGUUCCCCACUCGUCUGCAACAUCGGAAACGGAACAGUGGUGCGCUACGCAAUCAUCGGCUUGGUGUCUUCUGGCGUUGGUUGCGGGAAGAAGAAUGUACCAGGAAUAUACUCUAAUGUACCUUACCUCUACAGCUGGCUGUUAGACGCUAUGAAUGAGGAGAAAUUGCAAAGCAAAAUCUUUACUCUCGAAUAAUGUCAUAAAAUAUUUCUUUUCGAACAAUUUCGCUUAGUGACUGUA